AUGCCUUUGUUCAACAACAAACUCUCCUCUUCAUCACUAUCCAAGACCUUCUCUAUCAGGUCUUGCUCUUCCUCGUCAAAGUCAAAUAUGGGUUCAGGACAUAGCAGAUCUAAACAUGGCAAUGCCAUUUCGAGGGGAUUCAGUACUGGGAACACGGUAUCUGGGAGCGCAAGACCACCGUACCCAGUAUUUGAUGAUAACGAUUACUCGAUGUCAGCGAAGCAUCGCCAAUCCGAUCCCUGGGGGCCCCCUCCUUACACCCCGACAUCAGCGACGACGUCACAGACGCCGUACAGUCCUGACUCGAUCCGAAGUCCUCCUUACCCUACUACUAUUACUUCUCAACCGGCACCGCUGGCAACCGGAACCCGACCCGCUGAUGACUCUCAAUACUCAUUCCUAUCCAAAUUUGAUACCAUCUUCCUCGUCGACGAUAGCGGUAGUAUGGCCGGUCGAUCCUGGAAAGAAGCCGAAGAAGCUAUCGCCGCCAUCACACCGAUCUGUACCCAAUACGACCCCGAUGGGAUCGAUAUUUACUUCCUGAAUCAUUACAGCAACUUUGACAGGAGCGGCGGAUAUACACACGUCAGCUCCCCGGCUGCCGUACAGGAGAUCUUCCGAAACGUUCGACCAAUGGGUAUGACGCCCGUCGGUCAACGUCUUCGUCAGAUCUUGUUCCCUUAUCUUCGGCGCAUAGAGAAGAUGGCUGCCAACACGGAUGAAUACGGUCAACUCCAAAACCAGACUUUGGCCGUCCGCCCUAUCAACAUCAUCGUAAUCACAGACGGUGUGUUCAGCGACGACGCAGAAAGCGUUAUCUUAAAUGCAGCCCGAACUCUAGAUCGAUGCCAAGCAAUCCCCUGGCAGAUCGGAAUCCAAUUCUUCCAAAUUGGUACGGAUAUAGCCGCUCAAAAACAUCUGGAGCAGUUGGAUGAUGAGUUGGGUAAGGCCGUCAAGAGUGAUCACGUCAGAGAUAUUGUGGAUACUGUGCCGUGGAAGGGGCAGACGGGCAGGACGCUUUCGAGUGAUGGGAUUCUGAAGGUUGUGUUGGGAGCUGUUAAUAAGAGGCUUGAUCGGCAAAAGGGGCAUUCUUAG